CGCUCUGCCGAGACGGAAGCUCCGCGUGAAAGCAGUAGUGCCCUCCCACGACGGCCGCCGACGGUCGGGCGGGGCCAAGAAGAACAUAUACCCGCGUCGCGCGUGACUGGAACGCCCCGACACGGCAUCGCACGCACCACCCAAAGCAAAACCCCCCUUGCUCGCUUGUCUUUCUCUAGAUCCACCCCCAACCGAAAUGGCCUCCUACGACGGCGACGAGGACUCCGGCCGCCGCCGACCUUCCCAGCACCACCCAUCCGGCGGGGGCAGCGGCGACCUUGCCUCGAGCGCGAAGCUCGUGGCGGAGGCGGCCAGGCUGGCGCUCCAGGACCACAACCUGGAGAAGGUGGACAAGGGCCGCGUCGCCGGCGCGGCGGCCGACCUGCUCCACGCCGCCUCCCAGUACGGCAAGCUCGAGGGAAAGCCCGUCGGCGGGUACCUCGAGAAGGCCGAGGAGUAUCUCCACCAGUACGGCCGCAAGGACGGGGCUGGCGGUAAGCAUCAGGGGGUGGGUGAAAGCAAGUACGGUAAGAAGCCCGGCGGUGGCCAUGGAGGGGGGAGGUAUGAGGAGGAAGAGGAGGAGGAGGGGUACAAGAAGAAGCCUAGUGGCGGGAGGUAUGAGGAGGACGAAUACAAGAAGAAGCCUGGUGGUGGUGGAAGGUAUGAGGAAGAAGAUGGCUACAAGAAGAAGCCAAGCAGCGGUGGCUAUGGAGGAGGAAAGUACGAGGAUGAAGAUGACUACAGGAAGAAGCCAAGCAGUGGUGGCUAUGGUGGGGGAAGGUACGAGGAUGAAGACGAUUACAAGAAGAAGCCCACAAGUGGUGGCUAUGGUGGGGGGAGAUAUGAGCAAGAAGAUGAUUACAAGAAGAAGCCUACAAGUGGCGGCUAUGGUGGCGGGAGGUAUGAGCAGCAGGAUGAAUAUAAGAGGCCUCCUAGCGGUGGUGGCAGUAGCUAUGGGGGAGGCAGGUAUGAAGAAGAUGAUGAGUAUAGGAAGAAGCCGAGUGGGAGCUAUGGUGGAGGAAGGUAUGAGGACGAAGAUGAUUAUAGGAAGAAACCUAGUGCUGGUCAUGGUGGAGGGAGGUAUGAGGAAGAUGAUGAGUACAAGAAGCCCAGUGGUGGCGGAUAUGGUUAUGGGGCUUCCAGUGGUGGAGGCCAUGGAGGAAGGUACGAAGAAGAGGACUACAAGAAGAAGCCUAGUGGACACUCAGGGGGAUGCUAUGAGGAAGAGGAGGGGUACAAGAAGGCUAGUGGUCAUAGUGGAGGGAAGUAUGGCAAGGAGGAAGAUGACAAGAAGAAGAAGCAUGGUGAGGAUGAGUCAGAGGGUGGCGGUAUUGGUGAUUACCUGAAGUUGGCACAGGGUUUCAUGAAGAAACAGGAUGGGGAAGGGGAGAGUGGGGGCGGCAUGGGAGACUACUUAAAGCUUGCUGAAGGUUUCUUGAAGAAGCGCUGAUUAAUCUUCCAUGUCAUGUUUCAGGAAGGACUUGUUGUGUUUGGUUAGUCCUGUUUAUUGUCACCAAGUAGUGAAAUUUUCAAGGUUUCCAUCAUAGGAUGUAAUACAAGUGCAUUGCUCAUACUGUCUGUGUGUGGUGACAUGAAUGCUUAAUGUGCUGCUUACGCUGCUGGGGUAAUAAAAGCUUUGAUGCUCUGCUAUUCAUGUUGUAUAUUAGUUCUGACUAAAAUAAUAUGUAUCCUAUGUUAUUGUGCUUACAAUAAGUGAAACUUUUGAAUACGUUUUCAUUCAUUA